ACAAUACCUUUUAUAUUUUGUUAUUCCAAAAUAACGGUUUUUAAAAAAUAUUUUUAUGGUUUUUAACUUAUUUUUAUAAAAUAUAUUUUAUUGCAUUUAAUGAUUUUUUCAAAGAAGAACCGAUUGCAAUUCGAGAUCUGCAUAAAAAUUAGUUAACAUAUGGGGGAAGAGGAGAAAAAAUCUCGCGGCCGAAAUUUGCGAUCAACUGAAAGAAUUGUAUACGAUGAUCGUAGCGAAACGCCUUCAGAAAAUGAGCGCGGCAGAGACUUCAAUAUGGAAGAAAAACUGAAGUCAAAUUCAUAUAACCAUAAACACAUAAAAGAGUUAAAAGGACCCGAUCUAAGGAUAUGCUACUUUCAAAAGAACGGCUUCUCUACACCAAUACUAGUCAAGGACAAAACAGGCUUAGGAUUAAGAGUACCCAGUAAGAAUUUCACUGUAAUGGACGUAAAGGCAUGCGUUGGAGGCAGACGAAUCUUGGACGUGAUGGAUGUUGAGAGCCAAAAUUCUUUGCAUAUGUCGGUGAAAGAUUGGAUCGAAUACUAUACGAAACCUGAAAGUAGAACGAAGUUGCUCAACGUUAUUUCUUUGGAAUUUAGCCAUACAAAAUUAUCUACAUAUGUUGAACAACCUACAGUUAUAAGACAAAUUGACUGGGUCGAUUGUGUUUGGCCUCUUCACUUGAAAGAUUCACAAAGCGAAGGUACAAAUGCCUUGGACAAAAUGAAAUAUCCAAAAGUUCAAAAAUACUGUUUGAUGAGUGUUAAAGGAUGCUACACCGAUUUUCACAUAGAUAUGAGUGGUACAUCAGUUUGGUACCAUGUUCUGCAUGGUUCCAAAUUUUUUUGGAUGAUACCACCCACUUCUUCAAAUUUACAAAUUUACGAAAAUUGGGUAAUGUCUGGAAAACAAAAUCGUCAAUUUUUCGCUGAUCUCGUUCCAGAUUGCCAAAGAGUACGUUUGUCAGCUGGGUGGACGUUCUUCAUUCCAACCGGGUGGAUACACGGCGUUUAUACCCCAGAAGAUUCCCUUGUAUUCGGAGGAAAUUUCCUUCAUAGCUUCAAUAUUCCUUUACAAAUAGAGAUAGCUUCUUUGGAGGAUCGUACCUUAGUACAAAACAAAUUCAAAUUUCCAUUUUUUACCGAAAUGAUGUGGUAUUGUGCCGAAAGAUAUUGUAGUCUCCUAUUAAAUCCACCGUUACGAUCGGUAACGCCCGAAAAUCAGGGUACACCUGAAGAAAUAAAAAAAGAAGACGGAUCUACCGAAAGUGAAACUCAGACUCAAAUUAAAAAAGAAACAUUGAACGAUUUAGAUUUGAAAGAAGAAGCCAAAGAAUCUCCGGACGUUAAGGAAAUUAAACCGAAAGUUCCCAAGAAAAUUUACAUGACACCCUUCGAGAUAGAAGGUCUUGAUAUUUUAAUAAACUGGCUUGAAAAUUUACCGUCCAAUAAACGCCAUGUACCAAGCGAAGUUCGGAACGCUCCACAAUUAUUAAAGAAAUUAAAGGAACUUGUCGAUCAACAUCGAAAUGAUCCUCCAGAAUUAGCUAUAAGCGACGAACCACUUUUAGCUUGGCCGGCUCGAAAGAGAGGUCGGGGAAUGUCCAACAUGUAUAGUAGCUGUACUGGGAGUAGAAUAAUGAAAAGGUCAAAGGGCAUUAAUCGAUUGGGUCCAAAUACACCUAACGGAAGUAACGGUGUUGAAUCUCAAAUAGGUGAUAAGGGCAAGGGAAGUCAUCAUCAUCGUAGGGUCAGAUGUAAGAAAUGCGAACCGUGUACUCGUACUGAUUGCGGUGAAUGUCAUUUCUGUAAAGAUAUGAGAAAGUUCGGAGGCCCUGGACGAAUGAAACAGACUUGUAUAUCUAGACAGUGUAUGGCGCCUCUACUUCCGUCAACGGCGGCCUGUUACUAUUGCGAUUCCGGAGAGGGGCGCGAGGCUCCGCCUUAUUUGGACGAUAUCCAAGAAGCCAACGAUUUACUCAUGGAGUGUUCAAUCUGCUGGAAAAUAUCCCAUCCUCGGUGUAUACAUGCAAAAGACUCUAGUCUUCCAGCUGGUGGAUUAUGUGAAGACCUGCCAGCGUCUUGGGAAUGUCCAUUUUGUCAAAAGAAUUCUUCAAAAAUUCACAAGGAAGCGUGGACGGGAGAUAAUCCAGUUAGCGAAGAUGGAAUUGCUUCUGUACCAUCCCCACCUGAAGCGGCAACUCCUUGUCCGAAAAUUUUGUCCUUAAAUGAAUACUUAAACGCAAAUCGUUUAUCAGAGGUAGUAGUUAGGCCUGCACCUAUAGUACCGCCACCUCUAUACGUGAAACAGAAAGGAGGAGGUUACCAUGUUUUUGAAAAGGAAAUAUGGCAGAGGAUAUUCGAAUUCUUGGAUAAAAAAUCGUUAGUUAAUACAAUGUGUGCGUGCAAAGCAUUUUGUAGAUGGCUAAUGGAUAGGAGAUAUUGGUAUUCUAUUGAUGUGUCUGGUAGGCCAUUGAAUACUUUCAUCUUAACUGGUAUUGUACGACGACAGCCUUUAUCAGUUAAUCUGAGCAAUACGAAUGUUUCAAGGGAACAAUUAGAAUGGCUACUUAUGAGAUUACCACAUCUGGAACACUUGUUCAUCGGUUCAAAUUCGAUGGCUGGCUGUUCGGCAUUGGCCAAGGUUCACACUAGUCGACUAAGAACAUUAGACCUUAGCUGGAUGGAAGGAUUACACGACGAUGCUAUUCGCUUACUACUUCCAACGCCGUCAUUGACGGCUAUCAGUCAAAAACUAAAGUUCAUUUCGGGAAUCUCGCUAAGCGGAACGGAUAUUACGGACUCUGGAGUUUAUCAUGUUGUGCGUCAUAUGCAAAUUCUAGUCAAACUCGAGUUAGCCUAUUGUUCACAAGUUUCCGACAAUGUUCUUACGGGUAUGACUGAAGCAAAACACCUUGGUCACGUUGUUCUUACUGGUUGCCAUCAACUGACAAAUAAAGUUCUAGAACCAUUGAAGGACUUGCAUAGCAUUACCAUUUUAGAGGUAAACCACUGCAAGAAUGUUAGUUCAUCUAUUUGCCAAGCUGUUAUGACUGAUUUAAAAGGAAAAAACAAAUCUAUCACUAUCUGUUAUGGUCAAACAAUGUCCUCUUAUCCCAGAUUAGCCGAUAUAGUCAAUGAUUUAAUAGAGCUAUGAAAACAGAAACCAAACAUGAAAUAUAAACCUAUUUCUCUUUUCUUUUUCUUCGCAAUUAACUUAAUAAACUUAUUAGUUGAAUAAAAACGACUUAAAUAAUACAUUGAACAAUAUUUAUUUAACCUUUUUUCUACGUAGUGUACAUAAAUCAACGUUUUGUAACUAAAGAUUUUUUUAUCGUAAAUAAUCGGCGAUUAUAAGCCAAGUGCUUGUUAAACAUAUAUAUGUCGGUUUAGAUGUGUUUUUCGCUCUGUAAAAAGUGUUUUUUAAGCAAACAUUAUAAAAGACAAAAAAUAGUUCCCUAAAAAAAUGCCUAUUUAGGUCAACAUAUUUUGAGUACGUUAAUUUUUUUAAUGCGUCUAGUAUGGUAGCCAUGUUUUUUUUUUUGCCAACUG